AAUCAUCACACUCGCCAGGAGGAUUCGCGUUAGCACGUUUGUACUGCCUGAGCUCCAGUGUUUGGCUUGGCUUGACAAGUUUACCCGGACGAUCAUGGGGGUUAGGAGUGUGUAGUUAGUUCACACACCGAUACACAGUUUCAGCCUUUUUUCCUGCGUGUUUCUUCCACUCUUGGGAUUUGAAGUGGGUUUUUUGGCAAAUGUAGGAGCUCGAGACGUUUGAGAUUCCCCCCCCUGAGAGAGAUUGAAAAGCCGGUUUAAGAGGCAGACACGACCGUUAAAGAUGAACAGCCUGUCUUUUGACGAUCCUUCACUGGAUACUCUGGAUCCAACUCUGUCGCUCAAUGAUCCCAGCGACAUAGACACGGCUCUUCUGAGCGACAUUGACGGUAAGAAACGUCUGAAAGAGCUAAUCCAGUCAUGUUAAUAACAGUGCGUGGUGACUGGGAGCUACCUCCAUGUGUGUUUAAACCUCACUUACCGGGACUUUAUGUCAGUUUAUCUAGUCUGUCUGUCUGUUUUUAUCUUGUAGCAUUUAAAGUCUGUUACUGCAGCGGUGGAGCUAAGCUAAACGGUUAGGCUAACGUGCUGCUAAAUGGUCGCGAGCGUGCCCCGCCCCCAGCCUGCUCUACACACACAUACACACACUAGGAGGUUACUGCCGGUCAUUCCUCUGUGCUGGGUUCAUAGUGCCUCAGGUGACCGAAUUAACACAAUUUAAUAUUGAUAAAUAUCAGGAGAUAAAAGGAUUCAUUAGGAAAAUGAACCUUUUUCUUGAUUUUUCUCUCAACAGUGCGGUUUUAGUAUCAUUGAUUUCCUUUUUUAAUUUCAAUUUUUUCAUUUAAUUUUAUUUUUUUAUGAAAGCAGUAAUACGACGAUUUUUAUGAUGACAAUAAUACUUAAAACCACAUUAAGAAAAAAAAAUAGACUUUAAGAUUAAAGUCCUUAAUUUGCAAAAAUAAAGUCAUUACUAACAAGAAUAAAGUCGUACAUAAAUCACUACUUACCAGAAUAAAGUCUUAAUCAAGUAAUUACUUAGCUACGAGAAUAAAGUCUUUAUAAAAUCAUCACUUACAAGAAUAAUGUCAUAUUAAAGUCAUUACUUACCAGAUAUAAGUCAUACUUAAGUCAUUACCUACAAGAAUACAGUCGUACUAAAAUCAUUACGAGAAUAAAACCAAGUUAUUACUUAGCUACGAGAAUAAAGUUGUACUAAAAUUACUUACGAGAAUAAAGUCGUACUAAAAUCAUUACUUACAAGAAUAAAGUCGUUAUAAAGUAGUUGCUUAGCUACAAGAAUAAAGUAGUACUAAAAUCAUUACUUGCGAGAAUAAAGUUGUUGUAAAGUAGUUACUUAGCUACGAGAGUAAAGUCAUAAUAAAAUCAUUAUGAUAUAUGAUAAUGUGGUGCUGAUGUGCCAAAAGAUGAAGUACCUCCUUGUUAAAGAAACCUUUAUUGAAGUACAUUUUCACGAAAUGCUCCAUGGCUCUAAUUUCAACAUUUGUCAUCUUAAACAGCAGGUUAGAAUAUAAGGAGUUUAUUCUGACUUUACUUUAGUAAGUGACUAAACACAGCUUUAUUCUGACUUUACUCUAGUAAGUGAUUAAACAUGACUUUAUUCUUGUAAAUUAAUCUCAGUCUUAAUUUUUUCUCUUAAUGUGGCCCUAAUACUCCCUGGUAUAAUAACAUACACCCUUCAGCUAUAUUCUAAUCUGAUACAACUAAAUACAACAGUUCCACUUUUUGUCUUUUUAUAACUUGUUAAAGUCAAAAUGAGUGAAAAUGAUGCACUAUUGUGUGUAGGGCAUAUUGAAAUGUGUUCCUAAUAUUUUGCCUCCUUUAUGAUUGUUAAUGGAGUGGACAAAAUAUAACCUGAGGUUUUAAAAACACUCAAACUAAUCAAGUCGAUAAUAUCCAGUUUAACUGAGGUAGAGUGUCCUAAAAACCAGAUUAUAACACAUUUUGGAUUCCUAUCUUAAUAUCCUGCAGCGGUGCAUGCCACCUUCCCAAAUAUGACCGACAGUAACCCUGGGUGUUGGUGCUCGAUGGUAACCUCUCGCUCAGCAGCAGCAGCAGCAGCAGCAGCAGCAGACAGGCUCCCUCUCUUUGGUGUCUUGGGCUGAGCGGCAUAGCAAGUCUCUGAGACGCGCUCUGAUUGGUCCACAGCGAUCACCUCAUACAAAACACUGGAUUACAAACUCAGGCUGCUGCUGCGUUUGUCUGCAGACACAAAAUGACCACGUUUUAACACUAAAUCACUCAUAAAGUGAAAAGUAGGAACUGUAAAAUAAAGUUUUAAUUUGAGAUCUUAUUGAAAGUGAGAGAAAAUAGAGCACAUCUAUGUCCAGACGUUUGUUGUGAACAUUAUGAUUCCCAUUUUUAUUCAAAAGCAUCUCUGAAUUUAAGCCUUACAGCACAUUUAGUGAAUUUAAAGACAUUUUAAUGAGUCAUAGUUGUUUUACGUGAAUAUUCAAGUCAAUUUGAGCUUUUACAUGUUGGUCAGUUUUCUGCCCCUUCUUUGGAGGACUUUAUCCCACAGUUCCAGGAAUACUAUAAAUAGGAACAACUUUAAGCGUCGACUGUGCUGUACAGUAUAUGUUUACCUGUGGGCCACUAUGUGUUUGUACUGCAUACUAAAGCAAAAAGAAAAUACUCUGGAUAUUUCCCUGUUCUUUAGAUUCAUUUUUUUUGUAUGAUUAAUAUUUUAUUGGAUUUUUUAAUAUCGUACAUUGCAGGUACACAUGUGGCAAAUGUUGUAUAGGUUGUAAACAUGACUUGUAUACAGAACGUAAACAAAUAACUAUGUUAUACAACGCUUACAAUCCAGGAAAUAGAAAAAUAAAAAUAACCACAUGGUAGCCUUUAGAUUCAGUUGUCCUGCUCCUUAUUUUAGUCAUAUUUUUUGUUGUGAUUCUGAAGAAACAUUUGUUUAAACACAUUUUCAGUCAUGUUUGGCUGCUGGAUUGUUGUUAACUGUAUCUUAAACUUUUGGGUGACUCCAUUUUGGGAAAAUUAGUUGAGAGUGAAAUAUAGAUUUAAAAAACUAAUGCAUAGUUGAGAUGUUUUAUAAAUUUUUUGCACAUUUUUGCUCAUACUUACUGAUUUUAGACAUUCUUUUGGUGCCUUUUUAUUUGCAUGAGUUGCCGAUAAGUUGCACAUGCUUUGGCAGCUCUUACGAUAUUACAGACACUGUUUGGUGGGUUUAAUUCAUGGCGAGCUUGUCGGGCUGCAUGACACUAGAAAUAAAACAGAGACUAUGGAAGAGGAACUCUGCACACCUGACUGGGCGACAGGUGUGCUGAAUGAGGGUGAACCAAAAGAAACUAAUACUACAGUGUGUUUUCUCUACGCCAUGGAAAAUUAAACCGUAUGACUGUGGUGUGUUUUUUUUGUGCACACAUAUUCAGCUAAAAAGGAACAUUACGUCUAUUUUCCUCUUACAAAACUGAACUCAUCAGUUAUUUUAACGGCGUUUGGUUCAACUCUUUAAAUCCGACACUAGGUUUGUCUGACAAGAAAAGGGAUGUUUGUCAAAUGGCGGAACAUUUUUUAAAUGAAACCGAAUCUUAUUCUGAUUUAUUUCUAAUAAUAUCGGCGACAAUCGGUGAGUUUUGGCAGAUUACCGAUUAGUCUCCAACUGGCUAAAAUCGGCUCGCCGAUAAAUCGGUCGGGCCCUAGUUUUCCUGUUUCUCCUGAAUCCCGACUACAUCAGAACGGAGUGAAAACACGGCUGUAAAACAAGUUUAAUGUACACACUGAGAGUGACAACACUGGUCAUAAAUUGAAAAUGAUUUCCUGAUCGUUUGCAAUAAUUUCAGAGUUUUGCAAAGGUGUCUUAAUGUGCAGAAUAGCUGUAAAAAUGGAUGUGCAGUCUUCCCAGUUGAAAUCAGAGUUUAUUUGCAUGUUCUGAACUCUGAGGGAUUGAUCCUAAAAACUCAGAAAGUGAUCAGCAGAGUCCUCUUUCAGUUUGUGAUUAUUCGUUCGUCUGUGCAACAGUAACAGCUGGUCUGGUUUCCUUUCUUUCCAGACAUGCUGCAGCUCAUCAGCAACCAAGACAUGGAGUUUGGAGGGCUUUUUGACAACCCUCCAUACACAGCACCUCCUCCAACCCAAGAGCUUCCCAGUUUGACCCAGCCCAUCACCUCAUCCACCCCUCCAACCACCACCACCACUCCUCCAUCCUCAUCCUCCUCCAUCCUCAGCAGCAGUCCCCACCUGGAUGCUCUCCUCGGCCCUCCCAUCACACGGAGUUCAUCCACCCCAGACAAGGCCUUCCAGCCUCCCACGUUUCAGCAGUCCCCUCUGGCCCAGGUGCCCAACACCACCCUGAGGCAGCAGCCGUCAUCGCCUCAGCAGGCGUCAACCCUGAGGCAGCCUAAGGUGGAGCAGCCCCAACCCACUCUCAGCCUGCCCACCCCGGCUCAGACAGCUUCACCUAACAGCUCACCGGUACAGAACCUGACUUUCAGCUCCACGCCGCAGGCUCUCUUUACAUCGCCGGCGCCACAGACUCCACCCCAGGCGCAGACCCAGACACAGCUUCAGCCCCAACAGGCCCGGAGCGGCUACAGCGGCCAGAGCAGCUUCACAGGUGAGCGUCUUAAUCUGAUAGACUUUGCUCAGCUGUGUGAAAAAUGCUCAUUGUGAAUGUACAGACAGUGGCAUAUGUUCAAAGUACAUAUCACACUAUACAUGUACAAUACGUGUACGCGUGUGCAGCCGUGUUCAUGUGGUGACUGAUCGUUUAACAUCACUUCUCCAUCGUCUCUAAUGUAGUUAAAGUUUAUGACUUCUCGAACCCUGAAGCUGUCGGUUUAUCACAGUGGAGCUGAUAAGAGACAGAAGGUGACACACUGAAUGUUGCUGUUAGUUCUCACCGAUGAGACGCCGUCACCUGUUAGCCCACAAACCCAGAGAUAAAGUCCUGCACAGUGACCGGUUUAGACGAAGAUAGUCAUGACCCCCAGAGGUUCACAAAGACGGUCUUUAAACUAAAAUCUAAAAAAUGUGCAUUUUAUUUAAAGGUACAGUGCAGAGAAGUGGAAGUACUGAGUUACUCAAGUUAGGAGUUCAAUAAUUAUCAUCAAGGACCAAUUUAUUUGAAAUAUAUGAUUAAAAAAAAGAGAAGAUUUCAUUUGAACUUGAUUUAUUUCAUGUUUCAUUAUUGACUAGAGGACUAAUGCUGCUACAUCGAGGUGCAUUCUGGGUGAUGAAGUCUUUUUAACCAAAUUAAAGAUUUGGCUAUGAAAUCACACUCUUAAGGUCCUUACACACCGGGAACGACCAAAAUAUACGACACGAAAUUACAAAAUAUUCAGAGCCGAAUUUUCAGAGGCGUGCCUGACUAUACACAUCAAGCGUGAUGCGAUUUUGCGACCUUCCGGGGGGAGACUUUUCCCGGGGAAAGUCCCAUCUCCUUCGCCUCUGAUUGGCUAGAAAAGAUGGAAACAAGCACAUUAUCCUAUGCCUUGUCUGAAUACAAUAUAUUGGCGCUAAAAUAACUUUCAUAGAUGCAGCCAUCUGGUUUCCGCCUCCGAUUUUGCUUUUUUCCGACUUGGUAACGGAAAGGCUGGUAACUCGGGUGUGAAGUCAUUUUCAGCGCCGACAUCUGACUUCUGAGGUAACUCAAUGGCAGCAUAAGAGUGUGAUUUCAUCGCCAAAUCUUUAAUUUGGUUAAAAGGACUUCAUUACCCAGAAUGCACCUCGAUGUAAACAGGAAGUUUAGCAGGGAUUUUAGAGCAAAACAAAAAACGUAGAUGAGGAAGAUUCUACAUAUUGAUCGGGUUCUUGGUUAAAACACGUUCAUGCUCGCCCCUGCUCUCAGUGAAGCUACGGUGGCCUUUAGGGACAAGAAGCUCCUGUCAUACAUGCUACAUAUGAUCCUCCAGAUGUCAAUCAAAUCCCUACAAACUUCUAUCCCGCUCAACAACCCCCGCUCUCUUGGAUAUUUUGUAAAACUCUUCACGACUAAAUCCGUAAACUCCCUUUUUUUUCCAGCUGGCAGCCCCGGCGCUGCGAGCCAACCCGCCGUCACCUUGUCGUCCUCACCUCCAAAUGUCCAGCCAGUGACCAUCCAGGCUCAGAUCCAGGGGCUGACCACUGCCUCCCCUCUCCUGACCACAACAGCAAGCCCACCAGUUCAAACCAUCGCCCCCCACGUCCAGCAAGUACCUGUGAGUUUGUUAGACCAGCGCCAGUGUGUGUGAUCUUUGAGUCCAGUAUCAGUCAGCUGUAUCUCUGAGCUCCUGUGUUUGUAUUUCUCAGGUGUUGUUGCAGCCCCAGUUCAUCAAGGCCGAGUCUCUGCUGCUGACGACUCUGAAGCAUGACCCCUGCAUGGUCACUACCAUGGCGUCUCCAACAUCCCUGGCCUCUACCACGCCGGUUCAGAGCACCUCGCUGCAGGUCAGGACAUCCUGUGCAACACCGCACUUAGCUCACACCACGCCUAAGCUCAUUUGUUUAACUGUGCGACUGUAAGAAGCUCUGACGAACUCGGCGUCUUACUGAGGAAGGAGGGUCUGCAAAAUUCAGUCUAUUGUUGUCCUGAAAAGAGACCACCAUCGGGAUUUUACGGUUUGUUCUAGGUCAUCAUUUUCUCGUCUUUUUUUCUUCAGGCCUUUAUGGGCGGCGGCACCAUCCUGACCACAGUACCCGUCAUGGUGGACGCUGAGAAGCUCCCCAUAAACCGCAUCGCCAUCAGCAGCAAGCCGACCGGCCAGCCGCACAAAGGAGAGAAACGCACCGCUCACAACGCCAUCGAGAAGCGCUACCGCUCCUCCAUCAACGACAAAAUCAUCGAGCUCAAAGAUCUGGUGGCGGGAACCGAAGCCAAGGUUGGAAAGAGUUCCUCGUGAAUCCUGAUCGGUCCAGAUGUUCGUGUGAAGAUAACUUCAUGAUUGUUUGUGUUUGAUUUUCCUUCAGCUCAACAAGUCCGCCGUUCUGAGGAAAGCCAUCGACUACAUCCGCUACCUGCAGCAGUCCAACCAGAAGCUGAAACAGGAGAACAUGGCUCUGAAAAUGGCGGCGCAGAAAAACAGUACGUGCUCCAGACUCCUCUCCUCCGGUCUUGAUUCCAUUACGGCUUUUUCCACGAUUCGUUUCAGCUCCUUGAGCAAAGGUCGUGCGGUCGACCUUUAGUGAUGAGGUCCAUUGAUAGAGAGUGUUAUCCUGAAAACGCUCUCUGAGUUAAGUGGAACUGAAGGAUGAAGGUGUCACCGCCGCUGAUUGACCUCUUAACUGUUUCCCCUUUAGAGUCUCUCAAAGACCUGGUUGCCAUGGAAGUGGACGGACAGGCUGAUGUGAAGACGGAGCUGCCCACCCCGCCUGCCUCCGACGUUGGCUCCCCGACUUCCUUCUCGCACUGCGGCAGCGACUCGGAGCCGGACAGUCCGAUGGUGGAGGACACCAAGGUAAGCGGCGGUCGUACUUCCUCCACGCACACAUCACUCAGCAGGUACAGCGUCUCCAUUUUGACGUCUCUCUUGUCCUGUAUUCGACAGCCGAGCGUGGGCGCCGUAGACAGAUCGGCUGCAGGAGGCAGCGCUGGCGGCAUGUUGGACCGAUCCCGUAUGGCGUUGUGCGCCUUCACCUUCCUCUUCCUCUCCCUCAACCCUCUGGCCGCUCUGCUCUGCUCCUCCGGAAGCAGCUCAGCUGGAAGCGCCGCAGCUGCUGCCACCCAUCACCCGGGGAGGAGCGUCCUCGGAGUGGAGAUCGCAGGUACGAGGUCGAACUUUCCGCUCUCUUAAGUGAUUCAUAUUUUGAUUUUGGAAAAGCCUGAAAACUCGACUGUGAUGAUUCUAAAAUGUGUGGUUUUUUGUAGCGGACUCGUGGGGAUGGAUGGACUGGAUGCUGCCCUCUAUCCUGGUUUGGCUGCUGAAUGGGAUCCUGGUGUCCGGGGUUCUGAUCCGGCUGUUGGUGUACGGAGAACCGGUGACCAGACCGCACUCUGGAUCCUCUGUUUUGUUCUGGAGGCACCGCAAACAGGCUGAUCUGGACCUCGCUAGAGUAUGUUUGUGGUUUUUCAUCGUUUUAUUCCUCUCUUUAGAUAAAAUUACUCAUGUCUUCUUCAUCCAUUCACUCUCUUCUUCUUCGCCGUUACCAGGGCGACUUUGCUCAGGCCAGUCAGAACCUGUGGACCUGUCUGAAGGCUCUCGGUCGUCCGUUACCCAUCUCCCAGUUGGACCUGGCCUGUGCCGCUCUCUGGUCCCUGCUAAGAUUCUGCCUCCAGCGCCUGUGGGUGGGCCGCUGGCUGGCUGCCAGAGCCGGAGGACUGCGGUCAGACCGCCCCCUGCAGGAGGACGCCUGUAAGAGCAGCCGUGAUGCCGCCCUGGUUUACCACCGUCUGCAUCAGCUGCACAUGACAGGUGAGUUGGAUUAGGAGGAAUAUUCACGGGACAGAAACUUGAGUAUCGUGCAUGAACUUCUCCUUCAAAAAUAUAAUAAUAAUAAAGCAUAAAUAAUUAACCCUUUCCUCGUCUUUUGUCUUUUUUUUCUCAGGUAAGCUGAACGGGAGCCACCUGUCAGCGGUGCACAUGGCUCUGAGCGCGGUGAACCUCGCGGAGUGCGCCGGCUCCUGCCUACCUGUGGCCUCUCUGGCUGAAGUUUACGUCUCUGCGGCUCUGCGGGUCAAAGCCAGCCUGCCGAGGAUCCUGCAUUUCACAUCUGUGAGUCCAGAAUGAAGUCCUCUUAGAAAACAGACUGAAGUGUUUAAGUGAAGAGUUUUCUCUGAAUUAAAUUAAAUCAUGACCCUGGGACUCAUGAACCCACAUUCAUCGAACCAAAACAUCGUUAGUGAAGUAAACACUCCUCCCACAUCCCACCAGCGCUGGAAAUGAGAGUGAGAAACUUGACUGAGUGUUUUUUCUCGUGUGUUUUUGCGUUCGAUAGCGUGUGUUCCUGAGCAGCGCCCGCCAGGCGUGCCUCUCGUCCAGCGGCAGCGUGCCUCCGGCGAUGCAGUGGCUCUGUCACCCGCUGGGCCACCGCUUUUUCGUGGACGGCGACUGGGCCAUUCGAAGCACUCCGAAAGAAAGCAUCUACAGCCAGGCCGGGAAUACCGGUAAGCACAGACGUACACGAGGAAAAGUGAAUUUAAAAGCUGAAAUCUUCCUCGAAACAUAGUGAGAGUUCUCAUGUUGAUGGUUUGUUUCUUCUCCUCCAGUGGAUCCUCUGGCUCAGGUGACUCAGGCGUUCAGAGAGCACCUCCUGGAGAAGGCUCUGUACUGCGUGGCGCAGCCGUGUGGAGAGAAGAGCCGCAACCAGGGCGAAGGGUGAGAAAUGCCAAAAAUCCUAAUAUCUGAGUCACGUUUACAGUACGAUUUCACUGCAUUAAUGAUUAUAGUUUAAUUAUAAACCGCUCCGCUCACAGUCAGGUGACUUUACGACCUUCUAUUAUGCGUUUCCUGCAAAGCUUGAAAUAAGCGAUCCCUCUGUGUCUCUCCUCAGAGAGUACGCUGACGCUUUGGAGUACCUCCAGCUGUUGAUCAGCGCUUCAGAUGCUGCAGGUGCGACAUCCCAGUCCUUCGCUAUCGGCUCCAACAUGGCUACAGUGACAGGUGAGACCUCAUGUCCAUAUUUGGGCUCCUUUCCUCGUCUUUCUCCUGCAGCUUGUUCGACGCUCUGAACGCGACACGUCAUUAAAAGCAACAAAAGAAAGUUAAUUUUUAAUCCGAGCAGUCUGAUCUCGCCUCGCUCCACUUCCCUUUUUCCUCACUGAUUGCUGAUCUGAGCAGAAGGGGGGGAGAGCGGGGGUUGGGGGGGUGUCUCGGUGAAGGGGGAGGCAUCCUCCUCAGAUUGCGUCAUCUGUCUUCGGCGCUGUCAAAUCAGCAAUCACCUUGACAGGAGGGAGAGCGGCGGAGGGAGAGGAGGACUUUAAUCUGAGACUUUUCUUGGCAGAGCCUCGGGUUGUGUCAGAAGUCGGUGUGUGUGUGUGUGUGUGUGUGUGUGUGUGUGUGUGUGUGUGUGUGUGUGUGUGUUGCCCAGUGUUAAAUGGAGGAGUUUUCCCACAUGAGGGAGUCGUCAAAAUGGCUGCUCUCUCUCAGCUUGUUUUGACUCUGCCACAGGGGGCAAACAGAUUGAUUCAGAGGUCAAAACACAGACAGCAGCUGCCUCUCUCGCUCUUUCUGUGUGUGUGUGUGUGUGUGUGUGUGUGUGUGUGUGUGUGUGUGUGUGUGUGUGCGUGCGUGCGUGCGUGUGCAGCUUAUGAAACUGGACGGAGGGGGAUUCGGAUCUUUGCGUGCCUUUUUUGUCCGUCGAAUCUUGACUGUUUUGUUCCAACUUCCAGGCUGUGACCCCCACUCCAAGUGGUGGUCCUCUGUUGCCGUGGUGAUCAUCAACUGGCUCCAAGGAGACGAUGCAGCAGCGGAGAGGCUGUAUCCCACCGUCGAGCACCUGCCGCGCAGUCUGCAGAACGCAGAGUGAGUUUGACGUGCAGACACACACAGAGACACACAAAAACAUGCUUCUUUCUUUCUGCUACUCUAACCCGUGUCCUCUCUCUCUCUCUCUCUCUCUCAGGAGUCUUCUGCCCAAGGCGUGUCUGAACACAUUCAGGGCGGUGCGCGCUCUGCUGUCCAAGCCAGAAAACUGCCAGCAGAGUCUGAGCUACAGCGACAAGGCCAGCGCCCUCCUCCGAGACAGCCUCAACCUGGGACCACACUGCCACAGCUCAAGUUUAGACAAGGUACUCACACACACACACACACACACACACACACACUCACACUCAUGCAGGGUGCACGUUAAAGUCACUUUUAUGGAUUGCAGAAGUCAGCAGUUUAAAAUCGCCCAAACACUCGAGCGGAAACCUCCUCUGUGAUCCAGCCGUGUCCUUCCCAGAUGGCGAUUCUUCUCGCACCGUUCGCCGUCUGUGACCAGAGCUGUGGUGCAUUGUAGUUGCAUUGCAUGUGUGUCUCCGCUGAGUGCAAUGUAUCUGCAGUGCAACACAGAGCUGGCUGCUCCCUGCAGAAAGACACGGAAACACGAUUUAUCUGUUUAUGAUCAAACGUUAAAUGAUCAUGUCCAGGUUGACGAAUUCUUCAUUUCCUCUCCAGGUCGUCCAGCUGCUCCUCUGCGACCUCCUCUUAGUGAUGAGGACCAACGUGUGGCGCCUGCAGCAGCAGCAGGGGGUCGGCCCCGUAGGGUCCGGGUCGGUUGGUACCAGCGGCCCAGCGGGCGUCCACCAGGCCUCCCCGCCGGAGCUGCAAGGCUUCCAGCAAGAUCUCAGCUCCCUACGCAAACUGGCGCACAGCUUCAGACCUGCGAUGAGACGAGUACGUAGACCCGGUUCACCCCUCGGAUGAGACUGAGGGAGCGGUUCAGUAUUUUUUACAGAUGCUGAUAGAAGUAAAAAGAUCUACUCCUACAUUUUCACCUAGAAGCUGAAGCUCUUAGAUAUUUAAAUCUAGAGCCGGCAUGUUGGUAUGCACAUCACGCUCGGUCAGCCUGGUAAUGCCUUUUCUUCCUUUUGUUCGAACAUGAAAGCAUAAAGAUUAGGGCGGAGCUUAUCCCCGUGUUAUUGGCUGCUUUAAUCACCAUCCAAGUCCCAUCUUUGAAUUCUGUUUGUUGUCGUGUAAGAUGCUCGAAUGUGUGAAGUCAAAACGCUCCAAAAUAAGAUCAGGACACGUCUUCAGCUCCCUCAUAAAGCGGCGUUUAAAAGACGAACGCUCGGGCGUUCAGGAGCGAGAAAAACACACGGAUACACUUUGUGAGCAGAGCCUCAAAUAUAAAUACUUCUAUGCACAUAUUUGCAGUCGGUCCACGGUGCAAAUCUCUGUGGAAAUUAGCUGGGAGGUGCUGAAACACACACACACACACACACACACACACCCGGAGGCAAAUGUUUAGCAGCGAUGUAGAAAACGUUUCAAAGUCCCUCUGAGGUGAAGCUGAACACUGUAUGACUCAUCAUCACCCCCUCCUCCCUCCUCUCCUCUUCCUCUCUUCCUCUCUCUCUCUCUCUCUCUCUCUCUCUCUCUCUCUCUCUCUCUCUCUCUCUCUCCAGUUGUUCCUCCAUGAAGCUACAGCCCGGCUCAUGGCGGGGGCCAGUCCCACCCGCACACACCAGCUGCUGGACCGCUCGCUGCGACGCAGAGCGACGCCCGGGGCCAAGACAGGUUUGUGGACGCGUCAUAGUCAUCCUUUCUGCACGUCUGCAAAAAGCUUCACUUUUAUAAAUGAUUAAAACUGUAUUCUUGAACUUAUUGCAUCUAUUUAAUCUCAUAAACACCAUAUAGGCGGGUACAUUUAUGAAAAAAAACACCUAACCCUAAAAAAAAUCUAACAAAACCCAGAAUCAUUGAAGUUGGGAAACAUAAAUAAAAACAGAAUACAAAGAUUUGUAAAUCCUUUUCGAACUUUAUUCACUUGAAUACACUACAAAGACGAGAUAUUUAAUGUUCAAACUCAAAAACUUUUUGUAAAUAAUAAUUAACCUUAGAAUUCUAUGGCUGCAACACGCGCCAAAGAAGUUGGGAAAGGUGGAAAAAAAGGCGCCAGUUCUCCUGGUCUAGAAUGAAUACAAAAGUGUGAUGGUCAUUUUAAGGACAUGGGGAGAUCACAUGUGGUGUUUAGGGGUGGUUACAGUAUUUUCUCAUUUACAGAGAGAUAAAAACAGAUAUCCAAAGUCCUUUCCUCCCCCCUUCUGACUCUAGUUUGUCAAGAAGAUAAAACAAGAAUUUUUAAAGAGUCUUUAUCCACUGUUCAGUUUUCGGUUCUGAAAAAAUAUGCAAAUUAGCGCAUAUUUAAUAAGAUAUUGCCUCAUUUACAUAUUCAAACAUAACAUUUGACAAAACUUGUAAUACAAAAAAUAUUUGUCUUAAUGUAAGCUAUAAACUUGGGAAGUUUCAUGGUGAUAUCUGGUAGUUUGAAAUUUUACCCUAUUCAUCUGGGUUAUCUCCCGGGCUUCUUAUUAGAGGAUGACAUUUUUCGGGCUCCGACUCGGCUGCCACUUUUACCUAAAAUAAAAAAAUGCAACGUUUUUUCAACAUGUUUGGUUUUAUUCAAACGGGAGCGGGACAGGAGGGGGAGUAAUUUUGAGUGGGAGCGGGAUGGGAGUGGGAGUCAUUCUACGGGAGUGGACAGGACAGGAAUAAUUUUUUUUUAAUUUGGUCCGGGAUCGGGACGGGAUUUUUUGCUCUGGGAGUGGGACGGGACAGGAGUGAAAAUCUGCUCCCGUGUCAUGCUCUACUUCCUACCCAUCAUGGAUGCCAUCAUAAAAAUGACACCUUUCUAGUAGUCAAACUUGGGUAAACUUUUAGUUUGUUAUUAAGGACAUCUAAUACCAUAAAAGAAACAGCUUAAAAACCUUUAGUUAGAAUUUUUUUGGGGUCAAGUCACAUUUGUACCUGACUAAUAACUAAUAUAGGAACUAUGAUCACCUCGCUCUAACUGUAGACGCCGCCUGAGUCCGAGCGUUAGUUUCUAGAUUUGUGUUCAGUUUCAACUUUUUAAGUAAAACUUACAGUGAGCUGAGAGGCGCUGAAUUGCUGUAAUCAGCGUCUCUAAUCAACUUCUCAUCCAUUUCGCCCAAUUGUUCCCAACACUAAAUCCCCUCAGUAAUUAAACCAGGAGCUGCCUCCGCCUGAUUGGCUGUCAGCGGCUGGCAGCGCGGAGAGCUCACCGCGGUAACGAGAUUGUUGUUUUGUUUUUGUGUGCACGCAGAAGAGUGCGAGACGCGGCCCGGCCAGCGGGAGCAGGCGGAGGCGGUGAUGCUGGCGUGCCGCUACCUCCCCCCUUCCUUUCUGUCGGCGCCGGGCCAGAGGGUGGGCAUGCUGGCCGACGCGGCCCGCACUCUGGAGAAGCUGGGAGACAAGAGGACCCUCCACGACUGCCAGCAGAUGAUCAUCAAGCUGGGCAGCGGCACCACCGUCACCAACAGCUAGAAGGGAGGGAGGGAGGAGACCUGGGGGAGGGGCGGGAGUCAUGCAUGGAUGCUGUACAUGGAGACACUGUAAAGAAGCCCCCCGCAGACACACAACCACACAGUCUGAGAUUUUGGUGCGCAGCUACUGAACCGAUUCACCACACUAACACCCUUUCAUAUCGAAACAGUCCAGAUUCGCUCUCAUGGAUUCUCCCACAUCCCCCAACCCCACAUCAGGAGGCACUUGUAGAGUUCACGCUCAUGUUGCUGUGGAUUUGUCCCCAAAUUGAAGAAGCAUUUUCUCUCUUAACCCCUCUCUUGAGAAUGCAUUGCAGUGCCACGGUUUGACCACAGAGAGGAGCCAUCACAGCUCCGUGUGAAUGAUGUAUGUGUGAGUGAGGCAUGACAGAGAAACACUCGCCCUGAAUCUAUUCAGCAAAACUCCCGCCCUUAAUCCUUUCGACGUAAAUGCACCUUCAACGGACGGAGCGAUCUGAUUGGCUGCACAGGGAUGCGUUUCUUAUUAUGUGGGAGGAAGAUGACCAAAUUCGGACUUGGUUGCUUUUCGCUCCGACCUUGAGCUUGUAUGGCGGGAAGCCGCUCCUCGGAUUGUUUGAGUUGAUUUGAAUCAUGUCUCGCCGCCGCCGCACAAGCUCUGUGACUUUUUCUGCACUAGCCCCCCCAAGGCUGAUUUCAGUGAGAUGAGUAAAAAUAUGGCUUUAUGUUAAUUUUCAUUCAUCAGAGGUUGUUUUCUUUCUUUCUUUUUUUGCUGUGUACAUAUUUUAAAAUGUAUUUAUAAUCUGUAUGAUCAUGGAUUAAGCAGUAUUUUGCAUAAGCAGAGUGAUAAAUGCUUAUUUGUUCUUUUUUUCUUUGGUAGCUUUCAACUGGGCCCAAAUUAUGAAGUUACUUCACUGCUGCCAUGGCGAUAAGUGUCAAACUGAUAGUAUCAUGCUGUUGCAGUCCGACUCAGUCGCACACAUAAGCGACUACAGUAACAUAAGAAUCAUCAGAGUCCAAACAACAAUAAUAACCCAGACAGAAACACGAACCUUUUUUGGUGCUUUUUUUCAUCAAGUUACUCGAAUCAUGGAGCCAAUUCUAAAAUAAUCCACCACCAUGAUUGUUUCCAAAGAGGGCCUGUAGUGAAUUUUCAGUGUUUUCUUUGUAACUUCAACAUAAAGAGCAAUAUUUGCUCUCUCAGUCAUCAUCGUUUCAUACGCCUGCAGAACCACCGUGUUUUUUUAGAGGACUGUAAACAAAAAAGAAAAGUUUUCAGCAUGUGUUUUCGUCCGAGGACCAGUAUGUUUUUAUAGAGCGUCACUAAUGUGAAACAGCGAAAGUCAAGAGAAUGGGGUUGAAUGAGAUGUAACAUGUCUAAAGGUGUUAUUCACACGUGUCCUUUUCAUGGACACUUUUUCAUCUCUUCCUUAUUCUUUUACUUUCGACCUUUUAUGAUGUAAAUAUUAAAGCAUUUUGUAAAGAAGAACACAGCGUCUCCUGUUGUGCUUUCCUUUUCUGAGUGAGUGUAAUCUCACAUAAUGAGGGGGAGAACAGAAAGAAAAAACACAGUCCCCCCUCCGAUCAGCUUAAAAUUAUGCAUUUGGGUCAUGUGCGGAGAUGGAAAAUGGGGCGAAAGUUUUGCAGCAUGUUCCGGGGGUUUCUAUUUUUGGGGGGAAAAUGCUGGUGUGGAAUAAUAUUUUGGUGUCUCCCGAAACAAACUUUUUCUUCAGAUGCUGGGAGGGAACACCAAACCUGUGAAAGUUAAUCUCAAUUCCAGAAGAGUUGGAUGAAACAGAAUUUGAUAGUUUGCAAACAAAACGUAUUUAUUGCUUAAUCAAAAACUGCAAAGUCUUUUGAAGGCUGCCAUCUAGUGAGCGUUGCAUAUUACAUAUUCUCCCAAAGGUGCUGCGUUCCAGUUGUACUUGGAAGUCGGAAUUUCUGAGCUCCGAGUUGGAUAUUCAUCUGGAAAGACCCCCUAAAGUCGGAUUUCCGACUUGGACGUUUUUUGUUUUUUUCUUUUUUGCCAUUAUUACAUUUUACAAUAUACCGUUAUAACUAUACCAGAAAAAAAAAAAAAAACGUAGGACAACAUCAACAAGACAAAUAAACAAAAAACAAACACCAGAAACAUCGAAAAUAAAUACCAGGUAAGAAGUAAGAGAAAAGAUGCGUCGCCCUGACGAUUAACGAUCCUUACAAUAUUUGUCCAAAACUGCAAUUCGGAAUCUUUUUUUUUAAUUAUUUUUAUAUUGUCAUUAAAUUUUACAAUAUACCAUUAUAAAUAUACCAAAAAACAAACAAACAAGCGACUCAGAAAGUUGAACGAUCCUCGCCAACCCCAACUUGACGAUGUCAUAAUCCAAGAUGGCAGCAACCGAAUCGCAAAGCUACCAUUCUCUCGUGGGUGGUUUUUCGGGGCGUAGUGGGUUUCCUGUGGUAGCCGAAGCUAACACUACACCGGCAUCCUCCAGUUCAACUUCAUAUCGACUUAGGCACAGCAUGGCCAAAACCAAAUAUCACAUUAAAAAGUUUACAAAGCGAAAUUAAACAGUAACCUUUCCACUUACUUCUUUGCUCGUCUUCUCGCCGUCGCCUUCUGUGGCUCGAUCGUAAAACACUGAUGCAUCAUCAUUAUUGGUUCCUGGCAGCUCAUUUCCAUACUUACAUUGUGGAUUUUUUUAUUUGCAUCCUUUUAUUUUCGCAGUAAGUGUUUUUUUUUUGUUUUUUUUUUAUGCAUCACCAAUUUUUUUUUUUUGCAGCGGCUUUUUUUAAAAUCUGCACCAUUUCUUUUUUUUUUUGCGUUGGUACCCUCUGUUGUGACUUCUUUUUUUUUUUUUUUGCAUUCUUUUUUAUUUGCAGCAGUGGCGGUUUUCGGCCACCGUAGCAUAGUAUACACAGUCCAUGAUGGAAUCAAGUGUGUUUAUGUCAGUGCGUGUUCAGUAAAGACAAAAAGAGCAGGCGUUGGUCGUAGCAGCAUUGAAAGGUGCUGGUAUAUUUGACAUUGGCGUUACAAAAAACAUUUCAAACAAAGUGAUGCUGUGUCAUCGAUUCCAAACAAAGAGACAUGAAAAUCAAUAAAACGGCAUGCUCCAACUUAAGACGAGUGACAUUCCCAAAAAAGGUCGUUAUUUUUUUCAUCAAUGGAUUCUUUUAAUAACAUUUUAUAAGCAAUAACAUAUUCCAUUUUAUAGAAAAUAAACAUCUCUAGGAAAUACUAUACACAAUUAUAUUAGUACAUCACAUCUUACAUUUAAACAGCAUCAAAUACUUAUAUACACCAUUAAAUAAUGAGCUUCAUAAAAGAGAGAGUUUGGUGUGGCGUUUUUGCACUUUCUUUUAUGCUCUAAUACUUAAAUAUGUCUCCUUUUGAUAUGACCAGUACUUUUACUGAGCCCGCUGUGCGCUGGGCGUUGUUACAUAGCAUGGAAGAGUGAGAGAGGCUACAUUUGAGAUACACAAACAGACAGGUGUGUGAUGACAUCUGGACUGAAUGAAGAACUUUCUGCACUGCUGUGGGAGGUGAAAUAUUCACACGUUAUGUUCAUGUCGAGCGUUAUGUAGGUAAUACUUCUGAACUGUACAUAAAGAUAUGAAGUGAGACGACCUGACCUCCUCCCUCGGAGUCC